UAAACGUUGGUUGCAGUCUGCCAUUAAAAAAGAGAAGAAGAAGAACCUGCGAGUCAGGACUCCCGAGUCCGUUCUCACCGUCUCAGGUUCCCAUGGUUAUCAGAAGAAGAUGAAGAGGUCAGGAGUAGAGGAACAUCCUGUAGCUGUUCACAUUGAUACGCUGGAGAGAGUAAAGAAGACAAAAAGAAAGAUGGAGACAGAGAUCAGUUUAACUUCUGAAGACUCAAGCAGACGGAAGAAGAAGAGAAGGAAGAGGCCAGAAGUGUUUGAGGAGACACGGCUCGCUGUAGACACAACGGAGGUAAAGAAGAAGAAACUGAAAACAGAGCUGAGUGAGAAACGCGUAACAGACCAUAAUCACACAGGAACAGAUUUCUUCGUUUCCAUGGAAACCAACAGAACAGGAAAGAAGAAGAACAACAACAACAACCAAGAUGGGAAUAUAAUGGAAGUAAUGUUACAGGGAGAGGAGAAGAACAAGAGAGCUGUAGGAGAGAAGAAGAAGAAGAAGAAAACAAAGAGGAGGCCAGAAGGAGGAAGAGGAGCAGAGAAUAGUGCAACGACAUCGGCUCCAAAUGAGCAGCUGAACUUGUUGGAGGAGCUGCAGGAGUUUCUCCCAGACAUCAAGAAGACAUCAGCCAUUCACAUCAAUAGACUGCUUAAAUACGACCUGCAUCGCUUCAAACAAUUCAAACAGCAAGGUGUGUCUCUGUGUCUGGGGAGGUUUUCUCUGCAGGAGAACCAGCAAAUCAGAGACAACGUCAGAGACUUUCUGGCUCUGACGGGCAUCAGCUCGGCCAAACGCCUCAUGUUUCCUCAGAGGUACCCAGAGCAGAAGAAGCAGAUCAAGAAGCUCAAAGCACAGCAUCACUUCCUGGAGAGGAUUGCUGAGGGGAUUCCUCGUUCCUGUCAACAGAUUUACAUUAGAGCCCAGAAGAUGUUUGACAAGUGCAACUACAUGGGCAGGUUCUCCAAGGAGGAGGUGCACAAUCUGACCAAGUUUCAGAACCUGUACGGUAACGACUGGAAGAAGAUCUCGGUGAAGAUGGGCCGCAGCGUGUUCGCUUUAGAGAAGCGCUUCGCACAAGUCGCGGCGGCUCGGGGUGCAUGGAGUCCAGAUGAGACCUCCAGGUUGAAGCGGGCUGUGAGGGAUUACCUUGAGGUUCUGGUCCAGCAGAAUUCUUCGGGUCCUCGUCUGAGCAGGCAGCAGCUGUCUAACAAUCUGCCCUGGAAUGUGAUCUGUCGGAAGGUCGGGACCAGAGGCGUGUGCCAGUGUCGCCUCAAGUGGUUCUCCAUCCUGAAGGUAAAAAUGGCUUCAGGUGUCAGCACCAGAGGAGUUGAAGGAGUUGAGGCUAAAAUCCAAGUCAUCAACACGCUGUACAACAUGCGCGUGGACGACAUCGCAGACAUCGACUGGGAAGAGCUCGCGCACAGCGUGGGCAAAGUGACGACUGUGUGCGUUCAGAAGAUCUUCCACAGAAUGAAAGUCUCCAAAGUUCCCAACUGGACCACUUUAUCCUACGGAGAAAUCAUCGACUUCCUGCAGAUGAACGUGUCUCCUCUCCUGAAGGAGAAGCUGAAGAAGGCCAGCAGAGAGGAGGUGCAGGAGGAGGUGCGGGGGGAGGUCAGCUUCCUGCUGUCUGACAUUUUCUCCUCACAUGAAGAGGACGAUGACGGCUGACCUGCGCGUCAUUAAAUGAGCUCAACAAGUAUUAUGAUUUAUAAACAUGAAGUGCAUCAUUUUAUUUAGAAUUAUGAUCUUCAGGCUGAUGUUUUAUGUCUUUGUUUAAUGAAAUAUUUCCUAAAAAUAAACACUGUACAUCUGAAAG